AUGAAGUUUUUGAAUAGAGAUACUAAAGAUCAAGUACUAUUAGAGGUCACAUCCUCCAGAAGAUUCGAUAAUAAAGGGAAUAUAUAUGCAGAGGAGAAUGAAAUACAAUCUACCUUUAACUCUUCUCCUCAAAAGCCUAAGAACUUCAAAGAGAAGUUAUCUAAAAUUAACAUAACCACUUGGAAAAGUAAUGAUACAAACGAUCUGGAAAAUAGUUAUAGUUACCAAAUAAAUUCUGGAAUCACUUCCAAAGGCCAUAAUUUAACCCAUGAUCAAAUCGCAUCGAAAGCUAUUUUUGAAAAAAUCCCUCCUUCUUUUUAUACUUCUUUAAAGCCGCUUUUUGUUUUAUUAAAGUCACAACAAUCAAAGCUGUAUUUUGAAUGGUCACUAAAUAAUAAUUCAUAUAAUACUAUUAGUUGGCUUAUCCAAGAUAUUACUUCGAAUUCAGAUAGCCCUAAAAAAAUUCAAUCUAUUUCUUUAAAAGGCACAGAUCUAAUUAUAUAUACUGAAGGUUUUAAUCCAUUGAAGUAUAAAAUCAGGUUAAUUGAUGAUUACCGUUGUAUUGGAAUUUCGAAUAUCGACUUUAUAAACAAUUCGUUGAUUAUUCAAAAUGGAAAUUUUGAGCUUCGUUGUUCAAACUUACCAAUACUAUUGAAUUUACAAAAACUGUGCUUACUAUCAAUAUUUGAAUGUAACCAAAUAUUUAAAUCCUUAACUGGUAUGGUGAUUGCUUCACUGGGCUCGACUAUGUUUAAUAUGCAUAUCAUUUUAGAUUCAACUUUCUGUUUUCGAGAUUGGUGUGAAAUUUAUAUAGAGGGGAAGGGCUGGACAAAAGCCUGGUGUCAUGUGGAUAAAUUACAUUCAAACAAGAAAAAAUCUGUGAAUUAUACAAUUAAAUUCUUUAAAGAGAAGAAACCAGACUCGGCAAUUAAAAAUAAAAGUGAAUUAUUUUGCUUCAUUUCAAGUUUAAAGCCAAUCAAGGAUAUUUUCUUCUAUCCUGAUUGUAAAAAUAGUCAUUCUUCAAUAAAGGAGAAUAUUUCUAUUCACGAAUUUUUAGAGUCUGUGAGAAUCAUAAAAUUCGUAGGUAAUGUAUCAUUUCCAAAGAAAGGCUUCCAUUCAAAAAAUAUCUCCCAUUCCACUUCCAAUGCCUCCUCUAAAUCAAAAGGCCUUUUGCAUAAGAGCUCUCCAUCUCGUAGUAGUUCCACCAGCUCAAAUACUUCUUCUACUUCAGGUGCAUCUCAUAACUGCAUUACCAACGAUUUUGAAAACUGCAUUACUUCUGAAAACGGCUUGCUAAUUAGGCCUAUUCCCCAUAACGGUGUUAACCAUUUGGAAACUCUAAUUUCUUUUAUUAUUCCAAUGAUGAAUGUAACCUCCUUAUAUGGUAGGCCUGGCCACUUUAAGAAUGGAAGAGAGGAUAUUAAUUCAUUGAUGUUUGGUUUACCAAAUCUACCUGUUGUAGAUUAUUUCUCACUGGAAGAAAUAUCCACACUAUUAGAACCAAGCAUUGACAUAAAUCAAAAUCAAGAUUGUAUGUCACAUGAUACAACUUUUCAGUCAAUGGACUUCUAUUCAAAAUAUUUAUCUUCUAAGAUGAAGGAGCAACCAACAAGAUCACAAGAUUUUGAAUUUACUCAUCUGAAAGAUCUGGGUGUAGAAUAUUCAAAUACUUUGGAAACAAAUAAGGUUGCAAUGGAUGUACCAAGAGUUUAUUGUAGUGAUUCUGCAGAAACGUUAAUUUAA